CGCAGAGGGAGCGGCUUCCACGCGCCGCGGCCGGGCCCGCCGAAAGGCCCCCACGGGGAAGCGCUGCCCGGCCCCUCUCCCCACGGGGGCGGGCUGCGGCGCCUCCCUCGGUCCCGCCCGCCGCCUUCCCCGCCGCGCUUUCGCUUCCGAGCAGCCCUCCGCCUCGGCGCCCGCGGAGCAGAGCAGCGCCGCGCCGCCUCCGGAGAGCCCCUCCGGCUCCGGCCAUGGCUUUCCAAGGGCCCUUCUUCAAGCCGUCCCUGCCAUUUACGGGUCCCAUAUAUGGUGGCCUCCGAGAUGGGCUGAUGGUGAUAGUCACCGGAAGUGUUCUUCAUAAUUGCACCAGAUUCCAAGUCGACUUCCAGUGUGGUUCUACCCAAGUGCCUCGGCCUGACAUUGCUUUCCAUUUCAACCCUCGAUUUGACGAUGGGGACUGCGUGGUUUGGAACUCAUUUGAAAGAGGGUCUUGGCAACAUGAGGAACGCCAGUACACCAUGCCCUUCCACAAAGGCCGGCCAUUUGAGAUCCGCUUCCUUGUCCAAAGCAGCUCCUUCAUGGUUGCUGUGAAUGGGAAGCACUAUCUGGAAUUCAAGCACAGGGUCCCCAUUUCCAGAGUGGACACGAUCGGAGUCUCUGGGGAUCUGGAGGUGGCUUCCAUUAGCUUCCAAGGCCCCACAGCUCCAGAUAUUUGGACUGCUCGAUCAGCAGCAAUGACGAAUGCUGCUUUCGGGCCUGGACUGUUCUAUAAUCAGAGUGCUGCUUUCCCGCCUGGGCCAUAUUUUCAGCCACAAACUUACUCUGUGCCUUAUCAAGCAUCACUCUUUGGAGGCCUUUUCCCAUCCAAGUCUAUUACAGUAUCAGGAGCUGUGCCUCCUAGCGCUGUCAGGUUCCAUAUCAAUCUGAAAGUGGGUCGAGACAUUGCGUUCCACCUCAACCCCCGGUUCAACGAGAAGGCGAUUGUUCGGAACUCCCAGUUCAACGGUCACUGGGGGCCGGAGGAGCGCCACCUGCCGGGUGGCAUGCCUUUGCACCUGGGGCAGACCUUCACUAUCUGGAUCCUGUGUGAACUGCAGUGCUUUCGAGUAGCUGUGAACGGACAGCAUCAGUUUGAUUAUAACCACCGAGCUCCUAACCUACAGCAGAUAGGCCAGCUGGAAAUUGAGGGUGAUAUACUGCUGAGUGGAGUCCAGGCUUAAAGCAUUAAUUCUCCCUCAACAGAAUCUGAUGUCAAGGGAGGGGCAGGGUGUUAUUUGCCCCCUGUGAAAUAUAAGGGAUAUGCUUCGUAUUGCACUUUUCAACAAGAAUUUCAACCUACGAGAUCUGCUCUUUGCAAAGUUUCACUGUAGAUGGGGCUUCAUCUGUCCCAAGAAACUGCUUUGAAUUGCUCCCAGGACAUAACUUUAGGAUGACAGUCCCUUAUGGAGGAAAAGCAGCCCUAAUCUCUCUGGACCCUGCCACAGAGUGGGCUGAAUUGUAUCUGCACGUGGCUUGAAAACAGCACAUUGAGGUUAGAACAAGUCUAUAUAUUCAGAAAAAUGGAUGCAGGCAGCUCUUCUUCCUUAGAAUUCCCAUGGUGGGGGGAAAUCGCAUGUUGAUGUUCCGCUCUGCAUCCAGAACUCCGUAGCUGCAGAUGCUAAAAUGCCGUAGAGAUGGCUUCAAGAUUUGUGCCAGCAUUCCCCUGAUCUGCUAGCAUUUCAAAGACAAGAAUUUUGGGGUGGGAGAGAGAGCGCUGCAUUUUGGAAUCCUAUUGUCUCAGGAGAUCCAUGCAUUUUCCCCUGAAUGCUUAGAUCAGCCUCCAGUUGAAGUUUUGGGCAGGGCUGUUUUCAGUCCGUGUUUCAGGAUCUGUUUCAGGGUUUGGUCCCCCACUAAUCUGUGGCUGAGCCAUUUGCACAGCUGGUUUCUUUCAGGGAACACACACUCAGAGCCGUUAUUUUAUUCCUGAAUGGCAACCUGCUGCGUGGAUAGGAAGCGAUAAUCUAAAUAUUCUUUGCCAGGGCUUUUUUUCUGGGAAAAGAGGUGGUGGAACUCAGUGGGGUUGCCCUCGGAGAAAAUGGUCACAUGGCUGGUGGCCCCGCCUCCUGAUCUCCAGACAGAGGGGAGUUGAGAUUGCCCUCCGAGCCGUGGUGCGGAGGGCAAUCUCAACUCCCCUCUGUCUGGAGAUCAGGGGGCGGGGCCACCAGCCAUGUGACCAUUUUCAAGAGGUUCUGGAACUCCGUUCCCCCGCGUUCCCCCUGAAAAAAAGCCGUUCUUAGCAAGUUUCAGUAGAGGAUUCAGCUGGAUUUGACUGGGUGACAAGCUUUACCUUACAAUACCUGGAUUUUAGAGGUCUUGGCUGUGCACUGUGGAUCUGGAUUUAUAUCCCUUUGCCGUAUAUCCCUCCAAUAGUGCACAGUAAAGACCCUCUGACCAGUCUGAUCUAAAACUGCAAGUUUCUCUACUGGAUUGUUGAGAAACAGGCAGGAUGCUGAAAGUUUCUAUUAGCACAUGAAACCUGCUUGUUAUAAACUCUGGAGAUUGCAGCUGAGUUGACGAGGCUUUGCUGAAUGCCAAAGAAAGAUUAUUCUAGCUGUGCUUACAGAAGCUGCUAAAACUGCCUGUAAGAUGGUGGAAAUGUGGGUUAAGAAACAGAAGCCUUAACAAGAAUGCUACUGAACAGGGACGUUUCUGAAGAGACCCGUUGAAGAGGAACUGUUUUGAAGCAUUUGCUCUGUGUGUUGAAUGUAAAGAGUCUGGCCAAGCUGGAAUGCGUAGUACCUUUCUUGCUUAAGAGUAUUUGGUUGUCAAAAUUAGUUCAUUUUUACUUGUAAUCUGAAAACUGCCUUAUGUACUUCCACCAGGGUGUCAGAAAGCUGGGGAAGUGUGCCUUGUUUUAUUUCUUGCUGCGAUAUAACCCCCAAAUAAACUAAUCAAGUUUAUCAUGA